AACGUUUCUAGGUAAUGAAUAUAGUCUAAAUAAAUCAAUAAAUACGUUUGUGCAUUAUAAUAGUUCUUCACUUUGUUGUUGCUCGUUCGACAGAUAAUAUGGCGAGUUUGUUCACUAAUUAAAAGCUAACUGAGCGGGCCGACCUUUUCAGAAUCAGCUCAGCUGUAACCAACAGCAACGGACUGUACACAACAAACAUGCGCUUGGGAUGAGCGUCGAGAAAAGAAAAAACUGGAAUCAAAAGAAAGAAAGAGAAUCUAACUAUAAAUUAAGUAUAAAAUGAGCUCUCCGCUCUCCUCCCUGGGAAAGUUCAGAAGGGCACCACUGCCAGAAUCACACAAUCACAGGGGGAAGCAAGUCCCCUUUAAACCGAACCCCUACACAGAUGAUGAAGUUGCUCUGUUGAAUGACAUGCUAAGUCCAGGGCUGGCCGCACCUUCUGCUGUGGCUUCUGAUGGCUCUCCCACUUCCAGGUCAAAGGCCACACUCCAUAAAAGCAGCACCAAGGGCUCUUCACCCAAUGAUUUUGAGCUGAUGUCUACCAUGAUGCAGAAACUGACUCAGCUGGAGCAGAGAGCUGCAACCCAAGCCCAGGACAUCAAACGAAAGGAUAAAAAGAUUGCCGUCCUUGAAGAAAAGUUAAAGAUCCUUCAGAAAUCAAAAGAGGGGACCUCCACUGAGUCGAGCAAGACUGAGGAGAUUGAGAGGACAUGUCUUCAGCUACAGAACCAGGUGUGGGAGAUGGAGCAAUUUCUGAACGACUACGGGAUGGUUUGGAUCGGAGACAAAAGGGAGCGCCGUGAUGUUUACCCACAGGAAGAGGACGAGCGCAGAGAGAAAGCGCAUAGCAGCAGCAGCCAGCACCUGUGGCAGCCAGGGCGCUCAGUGGUGAAGGAUUUCCGCAUGGAUUUCAACCUGGUCCAGAAGAACAUCGGAGACCUGAACGUGCUGGCCGGGGAAGGGGAGGCGCACGUCAAGCACACCGUGGGAGGGGCCAGGCUGGAACGCCACGCCCCCAUCCCUCUCACCCUCUUCAAGAACGGGAUCUUGAUGUUUAACGGUCCAUUCCGCUCCUACGAGGAACCCGCCACACAGCAAUGUAUGCAGGAUAUAAUGGAUGGGUACUUCCCCACUGAACUGCAAAACAGAUUCCCUGAUGGGGUGCCCUUCCAGCUGUCUGAUAAACGCGAUGUGGUUUUCCGAGAGAGGCAGCGGUGGGGUGAGUUCCCUGGUGCAGGGCAAGCUGUGGGCAACAGGACAGGGCCAGCGUCAGACCCAGCUUCACAACCUGUGCAGGAGACCAGCCACCUACCAGGUCACAGGCUGUCUGUGGGUCAGUUUUUAAAUAAACUUCCCAAGACUGUGAUAAAGGAAGGCAAGGUGAUCGACAUCCGAGGAGCCAUCGAGCAAAACCUCCAGGGUUCAUCUCCCUCUCAGAGUCCCAGCGUGAUCCUGAUAGAAACCCCCUCUCUUCUGGCAUUGAAAGAGAGGUUGGAAAUGGAUGAGAAGAGCAGACCUGGCACUGCCAAGGACGUGUCCACGCUGCGGGUGAAAUCAGAAGAUGGGGAGCAGACUUUCAUUCUGAAGAUGCUCUUCUCAGAAACGAUAGGGCAGCUCCGCGCCUACCUGAACCAGCACAGGGGGGAAGGGCAGCACCUCUAUGACAUCAUCAGCUCUUUCCCACCGCAGAGGUACAGUGACGACUCAAAGACCCUAAGGGAGUGCGGCCUGGUACCCAACGCUACCCUCCUCCUGAGAAACAGAAAACCAUCGUAGGAGAGGUCACGUGACUGGCUCUAGAGCUCUGAAACUCGGCCCCAUGUAAAAAGCAACAAGACAGCGCCUCAAUUACCAGCUCAGUUUGUUUGAUUGGCUUUCAAGGUGCUUACUCCAGUCUUCAGUAUUUUCUCCUGCCUUUUUAGAGGAAAAAAAUGCCAUCUUUACUUAAAUGAGAAGAAGACAGCUCAGGAGCGCUUGCAUGAUAUCACUUAUUUUUUUGGUUCUAUAUAAACACAAAAUAUAUUGUAAAAGGCAAAAUGAGUGCAAAACAGCAUUUAUUUGAAAAAAAGAUCCCCAGUGUUUCUUUUUGAAAGUUAACUACAAUGUGCCUUUAGUUAAUUCCUAUUUUUAUGAAAACCAGAAUCAUUUUUAUAAAACUAGCAGCAAACUAAUAUAAUUCAGUGUAUCUUAAGCACCUCCAGGUUAUUUCAUUCAUUCACUUAUUAAUUCCAAUUAAAAAGUCUUCUUACUGCUUUGGUCUUGGUGCUAAUUUGAAAGGUGCCAUGUAGGUGCUGUAAAAUGUUAAGGGCAGUCUUACAUUCUUGUGAAUAUUCUUCAUACUGUACAUGCAAGGCAAUUGGCCUUUAAAAUAAUUUUACUUUGAACUUGUAAGGUCUUGGUGUGUGUGUGUAAUAGCUCUCAAACACAUUCCACUUGAUCCCCUGGCCUGGAACAGGCAUAGAUCCUGAGUUAGCUGCUUUAAUUGAAUGAGAUUUUUCCAGAGUCCUAAUAUACUUUACCCUUUCUAGAAAUCCACCAAGUGUAAAACUGUUGGAGAUUAAAAUGAAACACAAGCACUAAGGGUUUAGGGAAUCAUAAGAUGUACUUUCUUUUUUUUUGGAUCCAUAUAUGGAAAUUGGCAGGAUGUGUUGAAACAGUAAGAGGUGGCCACAGUCAGGAUUUUGCACAGGAUCUGCUGCACUGGAACAGUACUUCUCUCUACCAGAUAUCAUGCACCAACUCCAUUCAACUGUGGAAUUUUACACCUCAGUCUUCCAGAGCAAGUCAUAACAGUUAGAAUUACCAAGUGCUGCUCCACCCAGAUUGCACCACCACUCCAGGACUUGCAUUUUGAGGGGUCUGUGAAAGAGAAGCCCCAUUAAAUCUGCAGCAUCUCACAACUGAUUUAAAAUAAUAGUGCUUCUGAAACCAAACCUUUAGCAGCAGGCUUUUCUUGUGCUAAAGGUUUUCUUGUGCAACAGCGCUUGCGUGUCGAUGAAUGCAAAGUACGCACGUCUUGCACAAGAACUCAAAGAAUUUACACCAAACACACCACAGUUACCCAAUUUAUACUUUAUUUCAUUUGCAGUACAUGUUUAUUAUCUUCUUGGAAGACAAUAAUAGGUUGAUUUUUUUUUUUUUUUUUUU